UAAAUGACACCCUCUUUUAGUGAUAAGAAAAGGCUUGACUUAAAAGAAGAAAUAAAAGUCUACAGUCAUCAAAACAAUGUAAUAUCCUGUGUGAAAAGUUGCAGUCACGAUGCCUUGUGGUUUGAGUCCCUUGAUCAUGUGCCCUAAGGGAAGUAGGUUGGUGGUGGCCCUGGAUGACCGAGAUUCUCAGGCUGUGGCGGGCACGUCUUCAAACAAGAUUUUGGUGAAGCAGUCUCCCAUGCUUGUGGUGAAUAACAACGAGGUCAACCUGAGCUGCAAGUAUACCUACAACCUCUUCUCCAAGGAGUUCCGGGCAUCCCUCUAUAAGGGAGCUGACAGUGCUGUGGAGGUCUGUGUCGUGAAUGGGAACUUCUCCCAUCCACAUCAGUUUCAUUCAACUACAGGGUUCAACUGUGAUGGAAAAUUGGGCAAUGAAACAGUGACUUUCUACCUCAAGAAUCUGUACGUUAACCAAACAGAUAUUUACUUCUGCAAAAUCGAGGUCAUGUACCCUCCUCCUUAUCUAGACAACGAGAAGAGCAACGGAACCAUUAUCCACGUGAAAGAGCAACAUUUUUGCCCAGCUCACCCAUCUCCAAAAUCAUCGACGCUCUUUUGGGUUCUGGUGGUGGUUGGCGCAGUCCUGGCUUUCUAUAGCAUGCUGGUGACAGUGGCCCUUUUUUCUUGCUGGAUGAAGAGUAAGAAGAACAGGCUCCUUCAGAGUGACUACAUGAAUAUGACUCCCCGGAGGCCUGGGCCCACCCGCAAGCACUACCAGCCCUACGCUCCAGCACGAGACUUCGCAGCCUACCGCUCCUGACACGGACGCCUAUCCAGAAGCCAGCCGGCUGGCACCCCUCCACCUGCUCAACAACACUGCUCUGGAUAGGAAAGAACCGCCUCAUUUUCAGCCGGCCGCCUUGGGUCCCUGUUAGGCCACCAAUGCCAACUUUUCCUGAGUGACUGGACCAAGGAUUGAGAACAUUUUGAAACUCUACAAUGAAAUCAAGGAAAUUUCCGGUGGUACACUGUGUCUUGCAGUGCCAUGUCCAAAUUCAAGUUUACCGUGUAUUUAUUGAUGAUGGAGAAGAUAGGGUAGCUUCUGUUAGCCUUGAAAUCGGCUUCCCAGCUGCUGACUGAGCCCAAUUCCUUCCUCGCUCACCCGAGCAUCUCAGUCAAGCAAAAUGGCACACUCAAGGACAUGUUAGAUGGAGAAGAAAGGCUAGAAAAUCAUUCCCUUUGGUUAAAUGGGUGUUUAGGGUGGGGAUAGGUUAGAGUGGGGGUGUGGGAGAAUGAAAUAUUUUAAAACCGUUAAAACACUGUCUCUUGUUCAUGAAAUGAGCCACUUAGUUCCUAUUUGAUGCUUUUUUUCUUUUUAGUUUAGAAAUAUGUAGACCUUGCUUUUGAUGAGAUCUGACCGCAUUUAGUAACUUUGGCCAGUGGAAUCAUUUAAAGGCAGUAUUAGGCAAAGCAACUUGCCUUCCUCACCCCCUGAGAUGGGGAUCCAGUGUUCAUGUUCACGACAUGAUUCCAAAUGAAUAAAUUAACCCUCCCACUCCAAGGAGAGUGUGGCAGGAAAUAAGGUCACUUUAUGUCAAAAAUAUGUGAAUACUAUGAAGGAUGAUUUGAUUGCCAGCUCAUUCCAGCCAAAUCAUACAGCGACUUCUGUGUUUCACACCUUUCAUGUGUGCACAGUUAGUCUCUUUAUUGUCGGGGUAGAGAUCUGAGGUGCGAUGACAAGAGAGUGUCCCCUGGGGAAGCGACGAUCCUGUGAAAAAGAGGUGUUAGCAUUCACUGGGGCACAGGAGAGCGUUCUGAGAGGCUUCUGGUGAAACAGAGAUUAAAAGGGAAUGAUGCGAUUUGCUGAGGAGGUGGCCGGUAUUGGGUGGACGUUUUCCAGAAGAUAUUAGGCAGAAGGAGCUGUGGUGAGAAUUCCUUUACAGGGAGUUUAUGUGCUUUAGGGCUCAGAGCUUCAGAACUCUGUGGGCUCCGUUGCCUCCGCACCCUGGAUGACCACUGACAUGGAAACACACUCUGGAGUGUGUCUUUUGAGAUGGCAUCGAAGUUCUCAAGAGACUCUGUAAGGCUUAACCCUGGAAUGACCGUUGUGUUUCCUCUAGUUUGGGUCAACUAGAGGGAUGACUUGCGGACCUUGAGGGCUGGUUGUACUGCUGCCUUUACAGCUCGUGCAGUGCUCUGCUUUAUUCAAGCUUUGAGGAGUGUAGGUUUCAGAGGCAGACAGACAAGGUUCAAGUCCCAGUGCUAGGUCAACGUCCUCAGGAAAGUCACUAGAGUCUACAAUGAUAAAAUGGAGAUAAAUGAUCACAAAUGUCUGUUCCUAGACUAUAACCUCCAUGAGGGCACAGCCCAAGUCUGUCUUUGACUUUGCUUGUCACUGGCGUUUAGCAUCAUGUCCAACAUAUAAUGUUAGCUAUCAAUAUUUUUGCCAUGUAGAGAAACUGUGUAUAAAAAUUAAACUAGGCAAUGACCUAAGAAGGGAAGGAAGACUGUAACACACAUUUAAACCCACUACGCAGGCAUGAGGUGCUACAAAAAUAUGAGAACCUCUUAUUUUCCAUCAUUUUCCUGGAAUAUUUCAUCUUAGAACAAAUUAUAGGGCAUUUAUUCCUCACUUUUAUGUAUAUAAAGAAGCUUUAGUACAUUUUUGUUGUUGUUGUUGACAGGCAGAAUUAGACAGUGAGAGAGAGAGACAGAGAGAAAGGUCUUCCUUCCAUUGGUUCACACCCCAAAUGGCCACCAUGGCCAGCGUGCUGUGCCAAUCCGAAGUCAGGAGCCAGGUGCUUCCUCCUGGUCUCCCAUGCGGGUGCAGGGUCCAAGGACUUGGGCCAUCCUCCACUGCCUUCCCGGGCCACAGCAGAGAGCUGGACUGGAAGAGGAGCAACCGGGACAGAACCGGCGCCCCAACUGGGACUAGAACCCGGGGUGCCAGCGCCAGGUGGAUUAGCCUAGCGAGCUGUGGCGCCGGCCCAUUUUUCUAAAUGUAGGGAAGAAGGGAUGGGUUGGAAUCUUAUUAUUCCAGAUAGAAAAUGCUCUACUCGGUUGAUUUUCACAUGGGCUUCCAGUUCAAGAAUUUGAUGAAUCCAGAGAAAGUCAAAUUCAGCAGCACAUAGGAGAUGAAGGACUUGAAUUUCCACCAACACGUGUGCUGCUUGCCAGCCUCUUGGCUCACAGUUCUUCAAGACAAGUUAUCAGAUUGUAUUUUAAAAUGACAGAGCUGGAGAGUUUUUAGAAAGGACAGUGUCAAAUAAAUAAAUAAACCUGAAAAAAAAAAUGGAAAGAUUUGAUCUUUGGCAAUAAAUGGUUGUAUUGUCUAACUGGAAAAGUAGGCUUCCUGAAGGUGAAUCACACUUGAGAUUUUUCUUACUCACUCUGAACAGGACCAAAGUAGAAAUGUUAUCUAGGGAAGUCCAUUUUCACUAUUAGUGUGAAGCAAGAAAUGGUUUAAAAACAGUGGUUACGGCAAUGCUUUUACAGUUUCAGAUAUAGUAAUUAUGAAGAAAACAAUGUCAUUUGCUGCUAUUAUUAUUAUAAGAGUCUUACAAUUAAUGGUAUUCCUGUAAUUUUUGAUUGUGAGCUCAACUAUUUUGGGCCAAGCAUGCUAAGUUAAGGAGACAAAGUGUACGUUAUGAUCUGUGUAUUCAGUGAUAAAAUUGCUAAACUAUGGUGUGUCUGUUUUUCAAAAUUUGUGCUUGAAUGUUAUCUUUCAGAGCAAGUAUGCUUCACUUUAGUAAUGAAUCUGGAGAAAACUUGCUAUUUAAAAGAGGUGUGCUAUAAAUCCUUUUAUAAAUCUCUGGUUUAGGUUCUUCUGAGAAAAAAAAAAAAUCCCAGAUUUCCAAAUGUAACUUUACUUUAAGCAAGCUAUAUUUUUGUUUUGUUUGCUUGGCUUCAAACUUUCUCAUCAGACCACUGGUUUUCUUUUCUGAGGCAUCAGGCUGGGCUUCCCUGUGCGUUCUGUGUGAUGUGAAUACUUCGACAUUGACUCCAUCAGUCCCAUGGGUUAAUUAAUUGAGAUGCCAGUCCUCAUGGCUAUUUUAAAGAGAGUGUUGAUCGUUGAUGGUCAAAUGGCUGUCUGGUCCAUUUGGCACAAACUUUUGCAUUGCCAAAUGGGAACAACCAUGGUUCUGGGGAACAAUCUCAAAGUGUUAAAUUUACCUCCAUGCUGGAGGCUGGAGAUGGUGCCCAUGAUGGGCCUAGAACCAGGCUCAUUCCUGCCACAGACCUUUAACCCACAUCAAAGUCAGUGGCAUAUACUCUCAAGAUCUGGGGCAAAAGACUCUAUAGUAUCUGCAAGGCCACUGAGGCUCAGAAAAUCUCUUCCCUCCAUACUUCUCUCCAAGCAUCACAGGUAUGCUCCCAUUGCAAGACCUUCACAGUGUUAUUUCCUUUGUCUGGAAUAUUCUUCCUGAGAUAUCUGCCUGUCUUGCUCCCACACAUCUUUCAGGUCACUACUCAAGUGUCACCUUCUAUUCUAGCUGGUUUUUCCCAUGCCAUCUGCUUUCUUUGCUUAUUUUUUUUCAUAGCAUUUUACCACCUCCUACAAUAGAUGUUUCACUUAUUUAUUUAUAUACUGUUGGUUUCCCCAAAUUGUAGGCUAAGUUCCAUAAGGGAAGGAACUGUUUUAUUUUUUGGUGUAUCUCCAGUGCCUAGAAAAGUGCUUACUAUGUAAAGAUUAUUUAUUGAUGGAAUGAUUUUCAUGUGGUCUUACAAAUUAAUGGUCAAUUUUAACGUUCCAAUCACACUCUGAGAAGGAGGGAGCCAGUUCUAUUUUCCAUUUCCUGUUACUAAGUUCAAAAAUUCACUUUAUUAGAGAAAUAGGAGGUACAACAUACAUGCUGCUCAAUUUGCUUUAAUAAAAUCCAAUGUUCACUUACAUUUUAGGAAUUUUUGUGCAGUGAGGAGAACCAAUACUUGGAAACAAACUAAAAAGUCUUGCCAAAUAAGCCACAGUCAGGAGUAAGCUAACUUUCCACUGAGGUCCCAAAAUUCCCUCUUAAUGGAGUACUGACUUGGUCUUAGACAUUUCUGUAGAUUAAGACUUCUGAAAAUGUUUCCUUUGUAGUUGAAAUCCCAUCCUACGUAACUGCAGCUCUUUCCUAGGGAGUGAUUUUACCCAAUGAAUUUUAUAAACACCCUGCCUGACUCUGAUUCAAAACUGGCUGAAAAACAUGGGAAUAGUGGGGACAGAAAACUUCAGGUUCAUCUGUCAUGCUCAUGUCAUAAUUGAGCACUCUAGUAGCUUGCAAUAGUUUAAAACGAAAACAACAACAAACAAAAUUUUUGGCAUUUGGAGCAAGUUGAAAACUCAAAUCAGACAUAGUAGACAUGUGCUCACUGCUAUCCUCUAUGGGUAGGGGAGGGCCUUUGAACAACAGACACAAGAGCUGCACUGAUAGUCCGUGUAGCAGUCUCUAUUUCAUUUGUUGUCAGUUUUACUUUGAGGGUGGCCUGGAGUCAAAUAGGCGUGCAAUGAAUUUAAUGCCCAACUGACAUUUUUUGUGUUGUUAUAAUGGAUCUCAUUACACUUAAUAAAGGUAACUACAACU